AUGGACUACAUACGGGAAUUUGAUAUCCGGCUGGAAAAAGAAAUGUACUAUGCCGGUGAGCAACUGUCCGGACACGUCAUCCUGGACACGGUGGAAAAUUUUAAGCUGAAAGCUAUCCGUGUGCUACUUCGAGGGAAAGCUCAUGCGGAAUGGAAAGUGGUUGUCAGUGGAGACAGAAGAACGGUGAAAGAUGAUCAUGUCUUCAUUGACGAUAGAGUCGUUAUCUGGGGAAAAGAGAAGCUCGAUGGCAACAUGCCCAUCCUUCCCAGAGGUCGACACUCCUUUCCUUUCCGCUUCCAACUUCCGGAAAGUGCCCUACCCUGCAGCUUCGAAUCUCGACCCUGCACCGUCCGAUAUUAUGUCAAGGUCACGGUCGACAUUCCAUAUGCCUCACCCCCACAGGGAAUGAAAUAUUUUACAGUUAUUGGUCCUCACAUCGAUUGCAUGGAUGAACAAUACCUAAAACCACUGAUGGGUGCCGACCAGCGAGCCAGCUGUUGCUUGUGCUGUCGCCGGGGCAUCGUCAGUGUCCGGAGCUCUCUGGAGCGAUCUGCCUACUGCUGCGGAGAGAGCAUACGACUCAAGGCCGACCUAGACAACCAAAGUGAUGAGGUGCUCAGGCUCAAGCUCAAGCUCGUGCAGUAUGUCGAAUUUUUCAUUGAUCGAGGAGUACUGGGACUGACCAAAGAGGCUUCGCACACUGUCCUAGAGUACAGAGGAGAUCCGAUCAGUCCAGGGACGCGUUCCAAGUUCGACAGUUCGUCAAGCCUGGUAGUUCCCGUCAUGCCUCCUACUCUUAUAGGGGUCUGCAGACUACUUCAGAUCUACUACGUCCUAAAGGUAUGGGUUGAAAUGGAAAAAUCAGGCGAUGAUUUGCACAUGAACUUCCCUAUUACGAUAGCAACAUGUCCAUUCAGAAUUCCCAACUCCAACCAACAGCCAAAGAUUGAAUACGAGAUGUGCUGUGACCACGUCGAAGGUGGCAUGUACAUUGGUCCCGAAUUCCUACUUGGCCAAGUGUACGACGGUACACUAGGCUGUCCCGAAGAAGGGGAGACCGUUGUCCUCUACAGGCCAGUCUACGUCAGUGUGAAGAGCGGCAAGACGAGGACAGACCAAGGAUGUUCCACCAGAACAGACCAGGACACCCCCCGGUCACCCAGACCUCCCUCGGAGGGGACGACGACGACACAAGCAUGA